AUGGGGCCUCCGGAAUGUUACGAAGCUCUAUUUGAAAGGGCGGCACUUGCUACACCGAGUACUCUCCCACGAGAUGCAUGGUAUAUUGUCGUGGCGGCCACGCUCAUUACUGCAGAUGGAGGCCAUCAUCUGGGAGACCUGUAUCAAUUUAUCUUGAAACGCCUCGGAGGUGACGAUGCUCCUACGGCGGCCAGGGACAGGGUCUACCACCGGCUGCACACCGUGGUGCUCAAGACGUGGACGUUGGCAGGCAUGCCGCGCGCGUCGGACGGCUUAUUCUCCCUGCUCCGGGUGGACCGGCCACCAAAGACCAUGGGCCAGAGCCUCCCGGGGCUGAUGUCCCAGCCAGAAGCCGUCAUGGCUCGCACCGACGUCUGGUGGAAUUUCGUUUUCGGGCAAGAAACGUCGGCGGCCAUUCGCCAGUCCUACGCCGACGUACCAGAUUUCUGUGAGUGCAGCCCGUUAAUGACCUGUUUCGACCCUUGGUUGCAGAGAAGCUCACAAUCGCCAGCAUGGACCGUCGACUUUGUGGUGUACGGGCUCUAUCUGGCCGAGUUGACCGCCUUGGAUCGCGUCGAGAACGAGCUCCUGAUCUUGGCCACGGUCAUGGGACAAGGGGCACACCGGACGACUUUGGUCCAUCUGCGAGCGGCAGGACGAAUCGGUAUCAGCACAAGGGACGUGGAAGGAGUGCAGAACGUGGUUGAAAUGGUGGCAAAGCAUCUAGGCAAAGACACCACGAGCUGGCCUCGGGUGCAACAAGUCGAGGCCGAGGAAUGA